CAGUUUCCAUAGAAGAAGAGCUUGGGCGGUAUGCAAAGUUGUGAAAUAUCUUCAGAUAGUGCAGAUGAUCCUCUCAGUAGUGGCUCCCAGAGAAAGCGACAACCUCGAAUAGUAGUUAUCGGCGCUGGGCUUGCUGGCCUCUCUGCUACAAAAAAACUCCUAGCGAAUGGAUUCACAGAUAUUGUCAUUCUAGAAGCAUCUGAGCGAAUUGGAGGCAGAGUGCAAAGUGUUAAACUCGGCUGUGCUACAUUUGACCUUGGGGCAACUUGGAUUCACGGUGCUCAUGGGAACCCGAUUUAUCAGCUAGCAGAAGACCAUGGUCUCCUUGAAGAAACUACAGAUCGGGAGCGAAGCAUUGGCCGCAUCAGUCUCUACUCUCGGAAUGGAGUGGCACACUACUGCACCAGCAGUGGACAGAGAAUACCUAAGGAUGUCGUUGAGGAAUUCAGCGAUGUAUACAACGAGGUCUACAACCUGACUCAGGAGUUCUUCCAACGGGGAAGGCCAGUUGGUGAAGAAAGCCAAAACAGCGUUGGUGUUUUCACGAGGAGUGGGGUGCGUAAGCGCCUCAAAGCUGAUACCGAGGACACAGGUAUCACCAAGGAGCUGAAGCUGGCGAUGCUUCAGCAAUUCUUGAAGGUUGAAAGCUGUGAGAGCAGUUGCCACAGCAUGGAUGAAGUAUCCCUUAGUGAGUUUGGUGAGUGGACAGAAAUCCCUGGAGCCCACCACGUCAUUCCGAGUGGCUUCAUUAACAUAGUGGAGAUCCUGGCGCGGGAGAUCCCCAAAUCAGUGAUCCAGCUGAACAAGCCAGUCAAGUACAUUCACUGGAACCACUCGGUCAGCAAGGAAAUCCAGUUGAUCAGCACCUCGUUCCCGAGCCACAACCUGGACAGCCAGGAGGAGGAGGGCUAUCAGGUCUACGUGGAGUGUGAAGAUUGUGAGCUGAUCCCAGCCGAUCAUGUCAUCGUGACCAUGUCCCUGGGAGUGUUGAAGAAGUACCACGAAACCAUGUUCCACCCCCGCCUCCCUGAAGAGAAGGUCUCGGCCAUCCAGAUGCUGGGCAUUAGCACCACGGACAAGAUCUUCCUGGAGUUCGAGGAGCCGUUCUGGAGUCCCGAGUGCAAUAGCAUCCAGUUUGUUUGGGAGGAUGAUGCGGAAAACGAGAGCCUCGCUUAUCCAGAGGAGCUGUGGUACAAGAAGAUCUGCAGUUUUGAUGUGCUGUACCCGCCCGAGCGGUACGGGCACGUGCUGAGCGGCUGGAUCUGUGGAGAAGAAGCCCUCAUCAUGGAGAGAUACGACGAUGAAAUGGUGGCGGAAACCUGCACGGAAUUACUACGGAAAUUUACAGGGAACCCACACAUUCCGAAACCCCGGAGGAUCCUGCGGUCUGGUUGGGGCAGUAACCCUUACAUCCACGGGUCUUACUCCUACACCCGUGUCGGGUCGACUGGAGCAGAUGUGGAGAAACUCGCAAAGCCCCUGCCUUAUCCAAAAAGCACAAAAGUGGCUCCAAUGCAGGUUUUAUUUGCUGGGGAGGCCACUCACAGAAAGUACUACUCAACUACACAUGGUGCUUUGCUUUCUGGGGAGCGAGAGGCUGCACGUCUCAUAGAAAUGUAUCAAGACCUCUACCAAGGCAAGGGCACAAGGUUUGAUAAGUAACAAACCACUUACCAUCAAGACCUUGUAUGGACUGGACGAAAAAUGUGUUCAAUGUACUAUUUCUUAAAAUGCAAUAUUAUAAUCUUGUUUAAUAAGGGGUUAAUAAGGUUUGAAUCAUUUUAAAAUGGGUUUAUGUAUGUACACAUUCUGUUAAAGCUUUGACCAUGCAAAUGUUUACACCCCAGUACUGUUUCAAUUUUUUAAAUUAAUGUACUUUUAACCUCAUUUUGAUUUUUUUGUAUCAUAAGUGCCUUGUGUUGUUCACUGUAUAAUAAAAUGAUGGGUGUAACAGAGCAGCAGGGACUGUCAGCAAACAUACCUGUGGAGCUGAAUCUGUGAAAAAGGCUCCAGGUUGAAGCUACCUGAAGGUGUUCUGCAAACUGCUGAUGUGAGUUUCGCUGGCUCUUGCUACUAGAUACAACAGCCAUUAAAUAAAGCCCCAACUUUUAUCAAUGGUUCAAGGAUAGUGUGCUUGCUUCUGGUUCGGAAGGUUGAGUUCAAGCUAUCAAACACAGUUUUAGAAGCUAACAAACAUAGUUUAGGCUGUUACUCCUGUGCAGUGCUAAGCAAUUUUGAAGGUUUCACCUUUUGGAUAAGAUGAGUUGUAAACAGCUAUGAAAAGUCCUAAGGCGCAUCAUUGAGAAACAGGAGACUAGAGAAUUAUAGACAUACUCAAAUUGGCAGAUUGUUGCAUGUAUCUCUCAUGGAUAUAUACUGGGGCCAUUUAAUAUAUUUAUAAAUGACUUGGAUGGAAGAGUAGACAGCAGUAUAUGCAAGUUUGUCGGUGAUACCAAGUUAGGAGGCCCAGUAAAUAAUAUACAUGGGAGCAGAAAGUUGCAAAAUGACAGUAAUAGAUUAAGUGAAUGGCUAAAGCUGGGGUGGUACAUUUUAAUCUAGGAAGUGAAGAUCUUUCAGCUGGUACUUAAGGAAGAUAACUCGUUGUGCUGUUUUGUGAGAAGCUACCAUCUGUGGUGGAGCACAGAUUUAAAGUUAUGUGUUCAAAACCACUAAAAGCUAAUGGACAACGACAAAACUGAACUUGGAAAAAAAUAAAAGAAUAUUUGGCUUUAUCCCAAGGAAGUGAAUGUUACAUGACAGUUAUAUAAAACUAGACACUGUUAAAGGUACAGCAUUAACUCUGAGUACCUCACUUAGCAAGUCUUAGUGGGAUUGAGGUGUUACACUUCACUGUAAAAGUACAAGUUUGGAGAGAGAGUGUUGCAGCGUAGGCUUGUAUUCCUUCCAGUAUAAAAGUUUAAGGGCUGAUCUAAUGGAGUUCUUUCAUAUGAUUAAUGGACCGGAUAAAAAAAAAAUGAUGUCCUCUGAUAGUGGAGUCCAGAACCAAGGGCAAAAUCUUAAAGCAGAGCUAGACUUCACAAGGCCUGUCAGGAAGGCCUUCUUCACAUUAAAGUCAUGAAGAUCUAGAACUGUGUCCUCGAAAGAGCUGUUAAGUUUAAGCCAAUUGAAAAUUGAUUUGAAAUUGAUUAAGAUUUUUAUUAGGUAGAACUAUAACGGAAUAGGAAAUCAAGAUAACGUUACAGAUUAAUCAAUGAUGCCACGAAAAAAUAAUGCAAUAUCUAUAAAGUGUGCUGGGAUGCCCUGAAGUCAUGAAAGAGAAUCUACAAAUGCCAGUUCUUUGUCUCCACGAACCACUACUAUUCUGUAACCUUUGAAUAUAAAUACAGGGGAAGAGGGAGAUUAAUUGAUGCAUAUCAACAACACAAACUGGGCUGGCAGUGUAUUUCAACGUGUUAAUUUCUCUCUCCAUUGUAUUUGGCCUGGAGCCAGCUGUCAAAUCACUGUCACCAUGUUUUGUGCCUUGGAGAGCUCAGUUCCACCCCUUGCAUUGUGUUGGACGAGGCUGUGGGAAGCUGUGUAGUCUAUCAAUGAAUAUCAGGGCAGAGGCACAAUUACAUGUGUUCUCUUGCAUUUUGCAUUCUUCUUCCUCCAGAUUGCCCCAACUCAUGAAAUCAUUGACUAUUUUUCACAGACAUAAGCACAUGGUAAAUAUGGUUAUGUACAUGCAUCUAGCAUAUGGCUGGCAGUCCCUCUAUCACCCAUUAUAACUGUUGAAAUAAACAUUCAUGUAAUGUGGAAAGAAAUAGAUGGUAGCACGAUCAAUACCUUAAAACUUGUAUCUUAAGUAAUUCAAUAACUGUCCACAAUCCAGUGUUACCAUGACCUGCUGGUCUACUUUUAAUUUGACAAUGUCAUACUUUGCCUAAUUACUAUGGUUUUGUUGCCAUGUGUUUAUGUUGCAAUUAUAUUUUUCUUUUAUAUGGAGAGAAUAUGGUAAACAAAUGUGCUUAAAGAUGUCGAUCAGUCAUGGAAUUGGUCAGGCCAAUGGCAAAUGGAAUUGUAACUUUUAAGAAAUGUCAAAUAUUGCACACAAGUCCAAAUAGAAUGGGGUCCAACAAUUCAAUAAAUAAAACUGAAUUACCACA